AGAGAAUAUCUGAGGCUGGGAGCAAAGCUACUUAGGAAAUCGCAGCAUCCACUUAGGACACAUUCCCUGCCUACGCACAGCAGUCGUCCAACUGCAUGCAGCCCCUGGUCAUGUGUUAAUACCCUGAACCUCUAAAACUGGUUGUCAUGGAAAUCCAGUCAAAAGGCAUGGAGGAGGGAGAGAAGUCUCCGGAGCACAAGGAUUUGCUGCCCAGCCAAACAGCCAGCACCCUGUGCAUCAGCUCACGCAGUGAGUCUGUCUGGAAUGCUGUCCCCCGGAACAAGUGGGAUAUUUACCACAAGCCAAUUAUCAUAUUGUCAGUGGGAGGAGCUGUUUUCCUCUUUGGUGUGGCUAUCACCAGCCUGACCUGCUUCACAGCGUCGAGAGUCGCAAACAUAACCAAAGAAGCUUUUAAACUGUGCGGGCCGGCUUUCCUGUCGCUCGGUCUCAUGCUGGUUGUGUGCGGGCUCGUCUGGAUCCCCAUCAUCCGCAAAAAGCUGAGGCAGAGACAGAAGUACCAUUUCCUCCAGAGCAUUAAAUCGUUCUUCUUCAAUCGUUGA